CCAUUUCAGUUGAAACGCAGACGUGCUGCGCGCAGGUUGUCCAACAGACAAGCCAAUCGCAUUGCAUCCCAUCGAAACGAAGUGAAUACAGAAACGAAAACAAAUAAAAAUAGAGAAAUUUUCUGAACGUUUUUGACGCACCGCGUUUCUUCUACUUGGCUAAAUGCUAGCCACAAAUUGUUCGACUUUUGAUCAUGUUUUGGCCAAAACAACUGCCGCUCACUGUUAGCCAACAGCUGCUGCUGUUUCUACUGCUACUUGGCCUGCUGCAAUCUGAAAAUGUGAAUGGCUUCAUCGUGCCACAAGAGCUGCAGUCGGCGCUCUCACUAGUCUAUUCCAAUAUACCGCCCAUUAAAAAAGGCACCGAUUCGCGUCUUGGCUUUGGCUUUCGUCUCGGCCAGCACGCGGAUUUCCAGGUGCUGCUCGAGCUGGGGCCACAGAAGAACACGCGUCCCUUGGGUGAUCCCAACAAGAGUGAUCAGUCGUUUAGCAAGCGUCAGGUGAGCCCCAGCGAUGAGCGCGAGCACCUGCGACAGCAGCAGCUGAUGACCAGCACGGAGCGUAAUGCAGCCAGCUGGCUAGAGAGUUGGUCGAAUGGCAUGAAGCCUCAGCCGCAGGAGAAGCUGCAGCCAAAAUCGAAGGCGAAAGCCAAUCAGAAGCAGACGCUGCCCACACGCGCACCUCUGCCAGUGGAUGCAAUGCAGCAGCUGCAACAGCUCUACAAAAUGGCCACCGAAGCAACGCUAAGCUCAACUUCCACUACUGUAGAGGCUCCAGCAAAUGGACGUUUGAAAAAGGUUCCAAGUGGAUUCAAAUUGCCACCGCCUGCACUCGAGCAGGACACCAACUCUUUGGGCAAUAGCAAUAGGCCCACAAAGAGCAGAGAGGAAGUCACCAAGGAGCUCAUGAAUGUCAGUCUCGAGGAGUAGCUUGUAUGAUGUAUAAUAGAUAUAUAA